UGCAAUCAUCCAGCAAUGGAGUCGGUCAGUCAGGUGCUACUCGUGCUUUUUGCUGUGCUGCACGCGAGCAGCGCGGUACAAUCGGACAAGAUAAGACUUCAAGUGAACAGUGAAGAUGGACGAUUGACCGUUCCAGAAUUGGUCACAAAGUACGGGUACGGGGUCGAAGAGCAUCCAAUUGCGACCGACGAUGGUUAUCAGUUGAUAUUGCAUCGAGUGAGUAGAGGAAACGUCCGCCCCAAUGCGACCGUAGUGCUGCUGAUGCACGGAUUGCUGUGCAGUUCGGCCGAUUGGGUGGUGAUCGGUCCGGGAAAUGCGCUUGCCUACCUACUGGCCGAUCGAGGAUACGACGUGUGGCUUGGAAACGCUCGAGGCAAUCGCUACUCACGCAAGCACGACAGUCUCAAUCCAAAGCGGACCGAAUUCUGGAGGUUUUCCUGGCAUGAGAUCGGUCUGUACGAUCUACCGGCUACGAUCGACUAUAUACUCGAGCGGACGCAACAACGUCGCUUGCACUACGUCGGCCACUCUCAGGGAACAACGGCAUUCUUCGUGAUGACCAGCAUGAGACCGGAAUACAACGAAAAGGUGAUAGAGAUGCAGGCACUGGCCCCGGUGGCAUUCAUGGAGCACAUGCGUAGCCCUUUGCUGCGAUUGAUGACACGGUUUCUGAACACGCUGAACGUCUUGUUUAACCUGUUCGGUAUCGCCGAGUUCCUACCGAAUACACCUAUCCUACAGGAGGUGGCCACUCAUAUCUGCCCACCGACGGCAACGACUAACCUGUGCAUGCACCUACUCUUCCUGCUUUCCGGCUACGAUCCUAACCAGCUCGAUCCGACAUUGGUGCCGAUCCUUUUGGGCCAUACGCCUGCUGGUGCAGCAACGAAACAGGUGGUACACUUCGCCCAAGGAGUGCGUUCCAAACGGUUCAUGCACUAUGAUUAUGGAAAACUGAGGAAUCUCGGCAUCUACGGGAAAAUGUCUCCACCGGAGUACAAUCUUACCCAGAUCAGCGUACCGAUUGUAAUGUACUACGGGCUUAACGAUUUGCUGGCUGCACCGCAGGAUGUCCACAGAUUGGCGGUGAGCCUGCCCAAUUUACAGCAAUUGGUGCAGGUAAACCAUGAUAGGUUUAAUCAUUUGGAUUUCCUGCUGGCCAACGAUGUUCGCCCGUUGCUGUACGAGGGGCUGAUCGAACGGAUCGCUACGGUUGAUAAGCAUGCGGUCAAUUGAAGAGAUUGCGGGGAAUGCGCGAUGAGCUGGCAUUUCCCGCCCACUGGAGGGUACUCCAGGGAAUAAGUUGCUCCACCUGUGAUACUACCGUCGAGUUGAUGGUUAGCUGAGAAAACAUACAAGGUCCGUUUGCAAGAUUUUCCCCAGCUCUUGACUGGAUCUUUCUCUUAUGUCCGUGCGUCAGAAAACAUCCCGCAUUUGGAUCACGUAGCAUAUAAGUACCGUACGGCUUGUUGAGUUGAAUGAAACUGAUAACACAAUAAAGAGAUAGCUGGAAUCUUUGGAAUUGAUAAAAAUACCUCCUCGAGUCCGGCUCAAACCGCUUAGCAAAUUAAAUAGCCGUGGCCACACGGGGCGAAAAUUUGCGCGCAAAUUUGCACAUUAAUGCCAAAAUGUUUUCGCUUCGUGUGGCAGGGGUAAAACCCCGAAAAUUUAUGCCGAAAUGUCAAACGUAUUGUUUUCAUCUGUGUUUUGGCCGCUGAAGUUGAUUUCCGAAUAAAU